GGUUUAUACUACUUCCUGGAUGAGGUGUUCACUGCUGGAGGCUGCUUCUGCUAGUUAUCCUGUAGACAUGGCAGUGAUCUCAGAUGAUUCUCCUGCCCAUGAGAAAAUAACUCCUGUAGACAGCAAUUUGAUUGCCUAUGGCACAUCUAUCGAGGAGGAGGGAUUUUCCAUAAACAAAACAAGCAAAAAGUUCAAUCAACCUUGCAAGAUUGACCAGGAUUCGGAAGAGAAGUCUCCACCUCCAGAAACUGCCACAGAAUCACCCAUUCCUCUACCGGCUCAAAAAAUGAAGAAGAGGAGGCAGAGGAAACGGAAAAGAAAGAAGAUAAAGGCAGUGGUAGUCAUCAAGGGGCGACGUACUAAACCUGGUAUUUUGUCUGGAAAAUACCGCCUGAAGUUGCCUAAAACAUUUACUGGAAAUUGCCUUCCCCUUAUUGCCCUCUGCUUGUUUUGCCAGUGCCAUCUGGUUCACUCUGGAUUCCAGUGUGCAAAUUCUUUUCAAGUAUCAGAUUUUCCGGUAACCCUCAGCAAUAAUGAUCAGAACUUUUUCUUUGAAGAGUCCACAUUCUGUCCAGAAAGAGUUUUAAUUUUUAGGUCCUGCUUGGCUUGUUUUAGAGGGUUAUCUCUGGAAAUGAAUUGCACCAAUGCUAUGGAUAUUCAGGUCAAAUAUGGGAAAGGAAAUUUGGAUGGCCCCCUCGUCCCAAUUAUUUGUAAAGUGAGUAAAACAUCCGUGGAGGAUGAAGAUGAAGAUGUUGAUGUCGAGAUCUCUGGCAGUGUUCCAGUAACAGAUUUUCCAAUCGUUAUCAAACAAUUUGACCAGAACAAAACUUUUCAGGAAAAUGAAGUCAUAUUUUGCCCAAAUAGAGUGGUCAUACUCAAGAGCUGCUCUGCUUGCUUCACGAACAAGUCAUUGCUGGAAAUUUCCUGCAGAAAAAACGGGGGUGUAGAAAAUAGACAAUUGUUUGUUGAGCAUGGGAAAGGACAAGGCAUCACUGACUAUGUGGAACUGAAUUCUAAAGAGUAUAAAAAAACAAGACUGGUGGGAGGGAAAGACAAAGUGACUGGUCCAAUGGUAAGACUUCUGCAGAAAAAAGUGAAGAAACGCUGAGUGAAAAAUCAGUGCUGGAGAAAAUCACUGAAUACACAAAACCUGCUGACAGCUCUGCACAGGGGCGGUCUGCCGAAGACAUCGUGAAGAUUACGGCAGCCGUUGGAGUUCCUCUUCUUCUUAUUAUUACACUAUCAUUACUGUACGGACUCUGCCAAAAAUUUAGGAGCUGGGUCAAUGAAGUUGUAUGUCGUUGUGGAAGACGUCAUACCAACAAUGUCCCUCAAACUGGUGCUAACCUGGAAUCCAACCCAAAUGACAUACCAUUACUUCUGAAGACUUCUACAAAUGGGACCACCAAUGGAGGCCUUCAAAAUGGGGAAAGUAAAUCAGAAACCUUAUCUGUCGGGCUGCUCGACACAGAUCAAAUGGAAACAGAUACCACAACCCAAGCUGAAGACUCUGUGUAGUCUUCUCCUCGAUGAAUUCUAGAACUCCCUCCUUUAUUACCGUCUUGAAUUAAUCAUGUUUUAUUGAGGCAAGAGCCCAUCUUCUUUUAGUAAGCAGAGCUGUGUUAGGUGAAGUUCUUGUGAACUUUGAUUUCAAGGGAUGCCCAAUGAUGCCAUGUGAAGAUGAGAAAACCCCCAUGAAGUCUUUGGACUGGUCAUUGGCCAUCAACCAUUCGGCAUUGGUCAUUUUGCUUCUUUUCCACCUUGCGUAACUAUGUAUUGAUUAGCAACAUUAGCACCCGUUACGUUCCCAAGAGGAACCUACUAUAGUACACAGUAUUUUAGCAGAUCAUAUAGCAUUAACUAACUUUUUGUAUUGCUCCUAAACUCGAAGUUAACACAAAGGGAAAAUUGAUUCCAACAGGACAACCCCUGUUCUCUAGAGCUUCUGACAUUCAGUGGUCUCUUGGGUUCAUCCACAAUCCCUCCCAGUAAAUGCAGAAAUGAGUUGGUACUUGGGUCCAGCUGAGGGAUUCAUCCAACUAAUAAAUGACAAGUGGACCUGGCGAAAACUGAUUUGGGGCCCAAUCUGGCUAAUAACAUGGUCCAGGCAAUAUGAACAGGAGUUGUCUGGGGAAGAUGAGCCGGCCAUACACAUCAAGCUGUUGGAUGAUACCUACCUCUCCGAGCACUUACAGUACAUAACCACUCACAUUCGGCUGACCGUGCACAUUUAUCACACAGGGAGAGGUUGGAUAAGGCUACUUUCACACUAGCGUUCGAUCGGAUCCGUUCUGAACGGAUCCGAUCAUAUUAAUGCAGACGGAGGCUCCGUUCAGAACGGAUCCGUCUGCAUUAAAAUGGCAAAAAAAAGCUAAG